GUAUUAUGUUACAUCGGAGUGGGCAGGCAUGGCAUGGUGGACGUUUCUGGCAGAUGUUUCUUACGAUUAUGGGGCAAUUAUACAAAUAGCGGCUGUUACAUACAUGAAACAUAAGCAUGCUGCCUAGUUUCACAAUGAAACGUUUCCCUCAGCAAGUCCUGUUCAUGAUGAAAAUGACACAAAGACCGUAUCUUGCUCAAACAGUUGCUCGUUUAGAAAUCAUUUCAAGAGUGUUCACAACUCUGACAGUAGAGCCUCUCAGUGCAUUGGUAGAUGAGCCUGUGUCUAUCAGAGUAUCAGGCCUCCAGCGGCGUCAGAAGAUCACACUUUCUGCUCUUCUGAUGGGUGAGGGGAAGGAGUUUGUAUCCUGCGCACACUACACGGCCGAUCAGGCUGGUGACGUGGAUACUACUGUCCAAUCAAGUGAAGGAGGUUCAUUUUGUGGCGUUGAACCAAUGGGUCUUUUCUGGGCCAUGGUUCCAUCUGCUAAACACAGAAAAGCCACGCGUCUCUUGAAGAAAGAUGUCACUGUUCCAUAUGACAUCACAAUAUCUGCACACUUAAAUCAUGUUCAUCUGCAAUCCAUCCAAUCAACGAGUAACUCGUCAGGUGUGAUGGCUACAACACAGGUGAAACGAUGGUACUUAGGAGAGGGAGUGCGAAGAGUACCCUUAAGAGAUGAGCGUUUACGAGGGACAAUGUUCAUUCCUUCAGGUGUGGGACCAUUUCCUGCUGUCCUUGAUAUCUUUGGUGGCGCUGGUGGUUUGUUUGAACACAGAGCUGCUCUUAUGGCUUCGAGAGGUUUUCUGACUCUAGCAUUGGCCUACCUUCAGUACAACGGGCUACCACGUUUCUAUGAAGAGCUUGACUAUGAUUAUUUCCAGGAAGCAGCCGAAUUGCUGAGUCAGCACCCUCAAGCUUCUCCUGGUGGUAUCGGUGUGAUGGGUACAUGCUUUGGCGGAGCAGUAGCAAACAUGCUGGUCUCCUUUUGUCCUAAGGUUACAGCUGCCACAACAAUAAACGGUUUACCUUUUUCAACCUUGCGAGAUCAAGAUAUCAACGGAGAACGAAUAAAAGGAUACAUGGCCAUAAUGAAAAAGGAUGAUAAGUACUUUACACCCACUUUCAACUUUACUAUGGACAAUGUCCCUAUCCUCCCCAUAUGGAGACAGGAUGUCCAGGUCCUCUCGAUCACUGGAGAAGAUGACAGAACAGUGUCUCCCACGCUGUACAGAGAGCUGUUUAAAAAGAUCCCAAGGGACAAGAUGCAUAACAUCCAGGGUGUGUACUACCCUGGGGCUGGUCACAUUAUAGAACCCCCCUAUGCACCCAUGUGUAAAGAACACUAUUUGGACGAAACUAUGGAAACCCUGUUUCUGUUUGGGGGAGAGAUGAAGGCUACUGCUGAAGCCCAGGAAGACUCCUGGAAGAGAAUCCUGGAACACUUCAACAAGAACCUGCCUAGGAGGAGUACUGAUGGAAAGAAUGCUGACUCGUGACUUAUAUCUAGAACUUCGUAAUGCUUAUUGAUCACCAAGUACAAGAGGCUAGUUGAUUGCCUUCUCAUCCAUGUGUAUUCUUCCGUUACAAAGCCAACAUAACACAAAAUGGUAGAGAAUAGAAUUACACGUUUUACAAGAGUACUGGAACACUUACCUUGUUUUCAUUUAGUUGUGGCCAUGUACAGGUUGCUAGUGGUUCAGCGUCCGGUUUCUUGUACGAUGUCAACAUGUAGGAAAAUCAAAUAUAAACAUACACAUUAUACACGUUUCAGUAUCAUUGCUCAAAACAAAAUAUUAAUAUUAAUGGUUUGACACAACUGGCCUACUAACGGCAAAGUGUGAAGGUAAUAUAGUUUAUCAGUUGUAGAAACCUCUAUAUCGUCGUUAAUGAUAAGGAGGGUGAUUAGACGGGACAAUGCAAAUUUGCGUGUAAAUUGUAGCGUCACAAUGUGUAAAUGGUAAUCAUAAUGGUAUUUCUGUCAUUUUUGAAUAACGGUUGAAAAGUCUAAGUCCCGGACAUGGGGCAAUAAGGACUUUUGAUAAUAGAAGGCAGUUAAAAAACCUUAAUGUUACAUUAACCAUCAGCUGCCCCUUCCGACUAAUCGGAGCAAUUCUGCUUUACCAACAAUGAUAAUUUGGAACCGGCAUGUCCGAAAACCAUGGUAGUGUAGAAACUGAACAAACAACAGGUAAUUUACAUUGCCUCAAAGCGAAAGGGAAGCCUCAUUCGUGUGUUCGUUUGUUGUUUAACGUAGCACUCAGCAGUAUUUCAGCUAUGUGACGGCGGUCUGUAAAUAAUCGAGUGUGGACCAGACAAUCCAGUGAUUGACAUCGUGGGCAUCGAUCCACGCAAAAGGG